AGUCUCGGCGGAGCCAGGUGUGUUCAAACCUGCUCCGGAAUCGGAAGCCUCCACCACGGCGUCUCCCGGAGAGAGGAGCCGCCUGCCCGCCUGUCUCCUUGUCUGUCUGCCCGCGUCUUCACCCGAUGCCGUGUUGUGAUCCCAGCCCGUCCUAUUUUUGCUUCUAUUUGUAAUUUUCACGCGGAGGAGAGCGACGCCGUGAUUGCACCGCUUCGUCGGCGUUUUACGCACAGGCAGCGCUCGUUGGAAUUACCGCGCGAAUGACACUCCAGCACACCUUCCACGGGUGGGAAUGACUUAGGGAGAUGAACCGGGCUGGAGAUUCACUCGUUCGGCUUCAUUAGGCCGUGACAUUUAAAAGGAAGAAGAGGAAAUAAGCAAGCUUCUUCUCGAGUAAAAGCACCCAAGUGAAGCCAACAUGUCCAGAACCCUGAAGAAGAAGAAACACUGGUCUGGUAAGGUGGUGGAGUGCGCCGUGUCAUGGGGCAACCUGGGCGACUUCGGCUCCGUGGUGGAGGUGCUGGGGGGCGCCGAGGUGGGUCAGUUCCCGCACUUGGGUCAAAUGAAGCUGGAUGUGUUGGUGUGCCACGUCGGGAAGCUGCCCUACUACGGUGACGUGCUGCUCGAGGUCAACGGGACGCCCGUCAGUGGACUUACCAACCGGGACACUCUGGCCGUCAUUCGGCACUUUCGGGAGCCCGUUCGCCUCAAGACCGUCAAACCAGGCAAAGUAUUGAACACGGACCUUCGCCACUACCUCAGUCUGCAGUUUCAGAAGGGCUCGUUGGACCACAAGCUCCAGCAGAUAAUACGGGACAACCUCUACCUGCGCACUAUUCCGUGUACCACCAGGCUCCCUCGGGAGGGGGAGGUACCUGGCGUGGACUACAACUUUAUCAGCCUAGGAGACUUCCGGAUCCUGGAGGAGAGCGGCCUUCUCCUGGAGAGUGGUACAUACGAUGGUAACUUCUACGGGACUCCUAAGCCCCCCGCCGAGCCCAACCUAGUGCAGCCUGACCUGGUAGAUCAGGUCCUGUUCGACGAGGACUUCGGUGGCGACGUCCCCCGCAAGCGCACCACCUCAGUCAGCAAGAUGGACCGCAAGGACAGCGCCGUGCCUGAGGAAGAAGAUGACGAUGAAAGGCCACCGCUGGUCAAUGGCUUGCCUGACCACAAGGCCGAAUGGAGGCGAGCCGUGCCCAGCUACGCCCAAUCCAGCAGUGCCAUGGACUUCCGCACGUGGAGCUCGCUCCCCAGGGAUGACAGCCUGGAGCCGCUUCCGCUCAACUGGGAGAUGGCUUACACAGAGACUGGCAUGGUCUACUUCAUCGAUCACAACACUAAAACAACCACGUGGUUGGACCCUCGCUUGGCCAAGAAGGCAAAACCCCCUGAGAAGUGUGAGGAUGGAGAGUUACCUUACGGCUGGGAGGAGAUUGACGACCCGCAGUAUGGCACAUACUACGUGGACCACAUCAACCAGAAAACCCAGUUUGAAAACCCGGUCCUGGAGGCUAAGAAGAGGCUCAGCCAAGGGAUGGCCACCAUCCAGAAGACUGCCCCCUCCCAUGGCAAGGGUGGCACUGCGGGCUUCACUACCAACCCUAACCAGUUGAAGGGCGACAUGUACCGCACAGCGCUGAAGAAGAGUUCGCAGGGCUUUGGCUUCACCAUUAUCGGGGGGGACCGCACCGACGAGUUCCUGCAAGUGAAAAACGUUUUCAGUGACGGUCCCGCGGCCCACGACAAUAAAAUGGCAUCUGGAGAUGUGAUCGUGGAGAUUAAUGGCUUGUGCGUUCUGGGGAAGACCCAUCCAGAGGUGGUGCAGAUGUUCCAGUCCAUCCCCGUCAACCAGUACGUGGACAUGGUCCUAUGCCGCGGCUACCCGCUUCCUCCGGACGUAGAUCUGGACAGCGACGACCCUCUGCCGCCGCCGCCUCCUCCGACCAACCGUGCCACUCCGGCGUUGCACGGCGGCGAGGUGGUGACGGCUGUGCCACUCAUCAACGGACAGCCUCUUUUGGUCAAAGGCGACGUACUGCAUGGCUCGUCGCAGGAGCUCCACUACGUUACCACCGACUCCAGCGGUCGUCCGGUAGUGGCCGCCUUGCCCAACGGCAGGCAGGGUGACACAGCUACAGGGAUGCUGCAACCGGAGCUUGUCAGCGUGCCGCUGAUUAAGGGGCCGGGCGGCUUUGGCUUUGCCAUCGCCGACUGUCCGCUAGGCCAGAAGGUGAAGAUGAUCCUGGAUGCCCAGUGGUGCCAUGGCCUUCAGAAAGGCGACGUCAUCAAAGAGAUCAAUAGGCAGAACGUGCAGACCUUGAGCCACGCGCAGGUGGUUGACAUCUUAAAAGACUUCCCCGUGGGGAGUGAGGUCGAUGUGCUUGUGUUGCGGGGAGGUCAAACGUCGCCUGUGAAGAGUCUCAAGCCGAGACAGGAAAUGACGGCCAGUACGGAGACACUUGACGCAAUUGGCGAUUCGGCUCCCCAGGCACUGCCUUACCACUCUAACACAAGCACCCUGCGCACCACCGGUGACUCACCCAAGCGGGACGCCGCCGAGUUGUACCUGAAAUCCAAAGCCCUGCUAGAGAGCAGACAGCCACACACCAAAGACAUUGAUGUGUCCCUCAAGAGGGAUAUCGAAACAGGCUUUGGCUUCCGCGUUUUGGGCGGAGAAGGUCCACAGCAGCCAAACGUGUUCCCCCAGGUGUACAUCGGGGCCAUCGUGCCCAAUGGCGCCGCGGAAAAAGACGGCCGCCUGCGGGCUGGAGACGAGCUGAUCGGCAUUGAUGGAGUGAUGGUGAAGGGCCGUUCGCACAAGCAGGUGCUAGACCUCAUGACCAAUGCUGCCCGUAACGGUCAAGUCAUGCUGACCGUGCGCAGAAAGGUCAUCUACAGAGACGCGACGGAGGAAGAGGCUCAGGAAAUGGCACCACCGCUGGUGAACGGCUCCCCCAAACUACCUCGGUUGCCCAUGCCCAGUGCUCUGGACCACGAGUCCUUUGACAUUACGCUGCACCGCAAAGAGGUCGAGGGUUUCGGAUUUGUCAUCCUUACGUCCAAGAGCAGACCUCCAUACGGAGUGAUUCCCCACAAGAUCGGACGAAUCAUCGAAGGCAGCCCGACGGACCGCUGUGGCCUACUGCAUGUUGGCGACCGCAUCUCAGCCGUCAACGGUCGUUCCAUCCUGGAGCUCUCACACAAUGACAUCGUCCAACUUAUCAAGGACGCUGGAAACGUGGUCACGCUCACUGUGGUGCCCGAGGAUGAGUACAAGGGUCCCCCAUCUGGUGCCAGUUCUGCUAGACAGAGUCCAGCUCUUCAGCACCGAGCUAUAGGACAACGCUCGGCUCUACAGGACGAACGCUUCAACCUGGACCUUGAAGACAAACGAGAUGGCAUCUCCUGGUCUGAACACAAAAACAUCCCUGUGGAGCAGGGGGCAUUGUGUGUGACGGGGCCUAACCAGGGCUGUCUGACCGUUGAACUGGACCGUAGUCCCAGAGGGUUCGGGUUUAGCCUGCGAGGGGGAACGGAGUACAACAUGGGCCUUUACAUCCUGAGACUGGCUGAGGACGGCCCAGCACAGCUCGACGGACGGAUCCACGUUGGAGACGAGAUCGUGGAAAUCAACGGCGAGCCGGCCCGCGGGAUUUCUCACACGCGUGCCAUUGAGCUGAUCCAAGCGGGAGGAAGCAAAGUGGCACUGCUGCUGCGACCCGGCGCUGGCUUGACUCAAGAUGGUAGUCAAAAAUACAUUUCUCCCUCCAGCGCCACCAGAGAAGUGUUUUUCUCAGACACAUCACCCUUGUCCUUUCCAUACCUCACUGGGACCUCCAUCUUAGCGCCUAUUCCUCACUAUGGCGGUCCCAAGCACCCCCGUCGUCGGGGCGGCACGUCUUCGCCACGAAGACCGCAGGGUUUGAGCUCAGUAACGGAGCAGGACGAGCGGUGGGACGCGAAAACCGAGACGACGCCGGGGAGAGUGACGCGUGGCCCUAAAGCAGGGGGGAUGCUAUUCCAAGCCAAAGACCAGCCUCGUGGGGCUGGACGGACUGAGAACCAGGCCCCUGUAGCGAUGCACCACGAGGGCAAGGCCGCGCCGACGCGGUCCCUCAGCCUGGGGGAGGCGGCUCGCCCAAACGGCGUCCAUAGACACAAAGAGUACAGGAGAAGCGACAGUAGAGUCUUUUUGAAAUCGAGUCACGACACAGUGAGAUCCCAAACCCGCAGAGUGAGUGAGAGAACCUCCGUCCAGAGAGACGUGAAUGGCAGCCGGAGUGCAGAAGACUGGAAGACACGGAAAGACAUUUCCUUCAAAGGUCCCCUAGUCACGCCAGGCAAGACGGAACCUGUGACCACCAGGACUCUAAGGAACUCUUCUAGGGACCCACCCAUUAGCCCCGGCGAAUGGAAAGUACCCUGCCAAGCCCGGAUCCUCUCCCAGGCUGAGGUUCUCCAACACCCUUUCUGGUAGGAGAACACAGCAUCCUCAGCCAAAUGUUUUGUUCUGAGCGCUUCCAGCCAAAGUACUACCCGAUGACACUUUUAUAAUCUUUGGCACUCUUUUUUUUUUUUUUUUUUCGGGACGUACCUGUGGCAUGUAGCAGCCCCCUCCCCCAACCCCCUGCCUCGACUCGCUGCUCUCAGAUAGGCGGAACGUCUCGCCAUGUGAUUUUGUGCCAAUCGCAUCCAUCCGCCCCAUUAUGCAAGGCAAGGAGGAAAACUCACCAGGGACUAUUUUUCUAUUUUGCAUGCAGUCGAUCCUUCUUUUUGACACACAAGACGACCGUUAUUUGUCGCCUCACAUUUAACUGACUGUUCACUCUUUUCCAUUCGUAUCCUUCAAAUGACCAGAAACUUGUGCUUUUUGAAAUGUCGUUUACUGAGCGUACGAAACAACGGCAAUUAUAAGAUUUUACUCUACGGGGGGAGGGGUCUUCGUUUUACUAUACUGCGACACAGCAAAGUAACCUGAUUAUUUCAAAAAUAAUCUGUCACUGACUUAGAAGAAACAUACACUAGAAUGAUUCAUAGCCACGUUGAAGGGACCCAAGAGUGAAAUUUAAGACACUUAAUUAUCAUAACUUUUAUUUAUUGUUUUUAAAUUGGCACCAAAACCUACACAACAGCAGAGAACUGUGAAUUCUACACAGGAAGGUCGAGCCGAGAUUUGAACCCUCUUUACGUGAGGCAGAUAUGCCCACCAUUAGCUUAACCAUGAAAUGACGACACUUGGGUCAAAAAUAGUAAUGAUGGAUUUUUCACUGUCCUUUUUCCCCCCAAGGCUCCAAACAUAUUGAAAUUUGUUCUACUUCAAAUUCGAGGAAAUUAGAGAUCAAACAUGAGAGAAUGGCCAGAAGCCUUGAGGCAUGUUUGCCUUUCAAAAAUCCUUAGUAACCAUCCUUUAUUAAAAAAAACUCACUUUUGACCCUUGUUUGGUCAGUUAUGGAGAGUUGGCACUACAUAACUGUCUCCUGGCUUAUUGCGUUUAGCAGCUGAUAUUUGUAAUAUAGUGAAAGCCGGUUGAAAACAGGCAACUUGAGUAUUCUCAGUUUCUUUGAAUGGUCAAGAUAGUUUGGCUUGGAAAAGCACAAAAUCAACUUUUGGAUGCAAAUUUUAAAGUGAAAGUUUCUGAAGUGAAAGUUUAUUCAAUUUGAAAAUAUCACCCUAAAAACACACACAUAUUGCCUUUGCAACGUGUCGUAUCUAUCGUGACAAUGUGUGAGAAGCAUCUGGGUUCAAUGGAACGGCUCACAAAUGAAACACAGUAAUAAAACCCGAAAAUGUUGUAUGUUGGGACAAUGUUUAUCCCAGGACCCUCUGUAUGUACAUGUAGCCAAUACAUGUUUUUGAUAGCGCCAUUUCGGCGGCGUCCUGUGUUCUUUCGCGUUGGAAUCUUUGUACGUCUUGACAAUUAGAAGUCACGCGUAAACCGCUGUAUUCAGCAUUUGCAGUCGCUUCGAACAUGUUUCCUUGUGAAUUAUAAUAGAUAUUUAUAUAUAUAAAUAUAUAUAUGAAUGUCAUGUCAUGUUUUGCUGAAAAUAUCUACGAAACUCCACUGCACUGCGUUUGCCCAACCUGUAGCAUAACAAAUUGCGGAUAUUUAACCAUGUGUGAUCUGCUGCCAAUGCCAUGUUAUUAUGUGUUAAGGUCAAAAUGCCAAUGUAUGUAAGAUUUGUAAGUAAUGCUGCUGCCUACUGACGAGGUAAUAGAAAGAUGGGGUGUGCUGCUUUUUGACUUCUUGUCAAGGUCUCCCGAUCUCUGCCGCAAAUGACUAUGGCCGUCCGCUUCAGCUUUAUAAAAUGUGCAUUGACGCUGACCUGCUUAGAAUGUUUAAGCUUACAUUUAGCGAAUCCUAUGUGUUAUUAUUCGGCGUUAAACAUUUUGUUAAUGCGGCCUCAUCAAUCCUCAUGAUAUCAGUGUUUGUAUUAAGUUUAUUGUAAUAUUCAGUGGCUGCCAUUGAUGGAAAUAGACGUCCAUUCCAUUUGGAAUGGGAGCCAGGCUUUCGAGUCCAAAUUGACUGGACGUCUCUGUAGUCACAAACUAAUUUAAAUUAAUAGCAUAUAAAUGAAAAUAGCUCAUGUGGCUCUGAAACCGCACGUGGUAGGCCUUUGAUUGGACAUCUCUCAUUGUCAAUGGCAUUGAAAGAGGAAAUAUUUUGACACAUGUAAGCACAGCUCUGAUAUCUGCAAAAUUAUGAAGUACUUAAAUGAGAUUUAUUUAUAAAAUGUAUGCAAAAGCUUUACAAAACUAUAUGUAUUCUAAAUUCAACUUAACUCACUUGACAAGUUAACUCUCGUUUGCACAGAUAAUGAGUGAAAAAGACACAUUCAGUAAUAAAGACCGAACACAUAAGAUUUAUUUAACCAUAAUAUAUAUUUUACUGUUCUAAAUUAAAGUCAAAGUCAGAAUGCUUUCUAGAUAAUUUAUUUUUCUAUUAUUUAUUCCAAGAGUCCUUGACUUUAAAGUCAAUAUUCUUCUUAUAUUGUUGUUGAAACGAAUCCACGUUGACAAUUCAGGUGAGCUCAGGGAACAUAAGAGUUGUAGCAAACACGAGAUCGAAGGGAUGUCGGGGUUCGAGCUUUUGUGCAAUAUACCAAGCAAGGGGCAGUCUGCUUACAAAACACAAUUUCUUAUUUUGUCGAAAGUCGAAUUAUUUGAGCUCUUAUUUUCUCAUCCUUGUAUCAUGCUGUGGCCUUGCAUCGCUUUGGUAGGAAAUCAAUCUGUGUGCUUCUCUUCUACAUGGCGUAGGAAACGUAGAUGUAAAUGUUUGUACAUUGUACAGCACCUUUCUAAAUAUUCACUCACCGCUCUAUCGGUGGGAAAGAAAAAAGAAGUCUAUUCAUGAAAUUGCCCCAUUAUUUUUAUAUUUAAAAAAAACAAAAACAAAGGAAGAGCAUAUUUCACUUUUUAGCUACCAGUGACGGACAUAGACGUCAAUUGGAUUAGACGUCUUGUCGUCAGUGGCAGCCAAUGAGUUAAACAUGGUUUGAAAAAUGGAUCUUGACAUGGUGUUCUGUUCAUGCACUGAAUAAUAAAGUUUUACCUGAA